AUCUCAACGAGAUCAAAUUCAACAAAUUUAUAAAAUCAUACCUCAAAUUGAUCCUAAAUCUCUUCCACAAACACAUAAAAUUCUUACUAACGUCAUGAAUCAUGAAAAAGAAGAGGAGAUAUUUCAAACAAUUCGUGAAAUGCCGGAAUCACAAAAAAUGAAUGCAUUAAAGUUGCCUGAAUUAAUGCGAAAUCAUAAAGGAAAAUAUAAAAAUGAAAUAAUUUCGGUUUAUCACCAGAAGAAAGCUCUUGAAUUUAUAACAGAUACCGGUAAUCGUAAAAAUUAUAAGACUGAAAAUGCAAAUCUAAAAUCGGUAAACUGA